AUGAACAGCUUCAACUUCAAUAGCGUGCAGCAUGUGUCGCACAUCAGCAGCACUACCCGGCGCUCGGCUGCAGCAUCAGCGGGUUGCAGUGGCGACACACUCGCGGCAAUAGCGGCGGAUGAGCUGCAGACGACUAGCAGCAAAGGGCUGCUUACCCAUUCGUCUGCCGAGGUGAGGUGGCACACGGAAGCAGCUGAACAUGGCGGCAGCAGCUUCACCCGCCCGCCUGCAACUCCACCUGCUGCCAUGCAGCAGCAGCUAAGCGGCUCACGAGCUGGUGGUGGACAGCAGCCGCAACUGGUGGUGAACUGGAGCAGAAACAGCAGUGCCUGGCGAGCGGCAGCAGCACUAUUAACACCUGUGGGGCGGUAG